AUGUGGCAAGCUCCAACCCUCCCCUACUAUUGUGACGCUUCUCUGCUGCCGGCUCCCCUCCCAACUGUUGCAGACGUCGAGAACACACCAAAUACCCUUGCGACUGGAUCGUCCAAUGUCGUUCGGAUUGGAGACCAUUUUGUUGCCAAAUAUGGCCCUCAAACGAGACUUCGUGUCCAAGAAGGACUCAACAUGAUCUUCGUCGAGCAGUACCUCAAAAUACCGAUACCACGAGUAUAUGCCCUGUACGAAGAAAAUGGAAGAGGGUACCUGAUCAUGCAGUAUAUUGGUGGACAAACACUCGAGGCUCUCUGGCCGAGCCUUUCAUCCGAUGAGCGGUGGGUGAUUCUCAGCAAGCUCAGGGGGAUUUUUGAUGAUAUGAGAUCUCUGUCUCCGCCCUCACCACCGUUCUUCGGCAGUGUUGACUUUGGUCCACUCCCAUAUUUUCUUUUCUGGACCCCAGAACCUCAAAAACGAGUCAAUGGCCCUUUUACCAAUGAAGAGGAAUUUUGUCUUGGCUUGGUGGAGAGGGUCCGACAGAUAUUUGCUGAAAACAAUAUGCAUAUGUCUCGAACCGAAUGGCUGCGAAAGUACUUUCCGAGGUCUCUCACAGGUCAUCGCCCUACCUUUACACAUGGAGAUAUACAGAGGAAAAACAUCAUGGUUGGAAGGAUAUCCUCGACCGAUACCGGCAAGGAAGAGUUCAGCGUGACCAUCAUUGAUUGGGAAAAUGCAGGCUGGUACCCUAAUUACUUCGAAUAUUUCAUCUCCUACACCAGCCCCUCUGGGAGGACGACUGGCCGGAGAGCGUCGAAAGAUUCCUUGACCCUUUCCCUAUCGAGACUAUGA